AAUUGGCCAUAUGAGAAUAGUGUGUUCAUAAAGUGUUUUUGAGGCUUUUGUUGUUGUUUUUGUUAUUGCUUAUAUCUAUGAGAUAUGUAUACAUAAGAAAGCAAAAGAACUAGAAAGGUAACAUGGUUAUUUUCUAUUAACUAAUCGUCAUGUGGUUUGCUGGCUUUAGCUCAACAUCAAACAUGGAGACAAAACAGUUAGCCAGAAGAGUUGUGAUGCCAGGAGAGAAAAUAAAUGCUUUGAAGAACUGUGCAGACAGCAGUAAAAUAAUUUUGGGACCUGGACUGAGACUAGAAGAUGAAGAUAUUUGCGUUGCUAAAUCAGGGAUUCUAAGAUUUCGUGAGCCAAAUGUAUAUUGGGUGGAUUCUCAUCAAACGCGUUAUGUUCCAGUUAAAGGAGAAACAGUGAUUGGCAUCAUUACACAAAAAGUUGGUGAUACUUUUCGGGUAGACAUUGGUGGAAGUGAGCAAGCAAGCUUGUCUUUUCUUUCCUUUGAGGGUGCAACCAAACGAAACCGCCCAGAUGUAAAGGUAGGUGACAUUGUUUACUGUCGGUUGCUGGUAGCCAACAAGGAUAUGGAGCCUGAGGUUGUCUGUAUUGAUGGUCAGGGCCGAAGCAGUGGAAUGGGUGUCAUUCGUAAUGGUGGCUUUCUUGUGAGGACAUCACUCAGCCUAGUCAGGAAGAUUCUUAAUGCCGACUGUGUCUUGAUGAAGUGUUUGGGAAACAAGAUUCCUUUUGAGGCAGCUGUAGGAAUGAAUGGCCGAGUGUGGGUAAAGGCCCGAUCCAACAAAGAGACCAUUGCUGUGGCAAAUGCUAUCCUAGCUUCAGAAUACAUGACCAAUGAAGAAAUCAAAAAUAUGUGUCAAAGACUGGCUGAUGCAUUAGAUGGGUUUUAAUAGAAGAGCUAAUGACUUUUUUUAAAUUUGUAAACGUUUUGUGGUGAUAUGUAAAGAAUCAGCAGCAGAACAUGAUUUGCAUCUGUCUGGAAAUGUAGGCUAAAUUCAGUAUUGAUUUUGGUAGUGUAUGCCUAGCUGACUUAAGAAGAAAAUUGCUUUGAUGAAAACUUUAUGUGGGACUCAGAACACAGAUUGAAAAAAAAAUGACACCUUGGUCUGAGGCUUCAUUGUUGCAAUUGUCAUCUGGAUGUGGCAAACUAACCAAAUGUACAAGCUGGAGAGUAAAGCCUAAUGUCAA